GAAAAGAAGGAAUUAGCAACACUGAAAUCUCCAGAACAAAGGCUCUAAUUAAGGUGCCUCUCUGACCUGGUCCUCCCGCCUUGAUGGAUUAUACCCCGGAGCCCAAUGUGACCACGGUAACCGACUACUACUAUCCUGAUGACAUCGCAAGCCCCUGCGAUGGGGAACUUAUCCAAAGAGAUAGCAAGUUGCUUCUUGCUGUCUUUUACUGCGUCUUGUUUGUAUUUGGUCUUCUGGGAAACAGCCUGGUCAUCCUUGUCCUUGUCACCUGUAAGAAGCUGAGGAGCAUCACCGACAUAUACCUCUUGAACCUGGCCCUGUCUGACUUGCUUUUUGUCUUCUCCUUCCCCUUCCAAACCCACUAUCAGCUGGACCAGUGGGUGUUUGGGACUGUAAUGUGCAAGGUGGUCUCUGGUUUUUAUUACAUUGGCUUCUUCAGCAGCAUGUUCUUUAUCACCCUUAUGAGUGUGGACAGGUACCUGGCAAUCGUCCAUGCUGUCUAUGCCAUGAAAGUGAGGACAGCCAGAAUAGGCACAGCCCUGAGUCUGGCCGUGUGGCUGAUUGCCAUCAUGGCCACCAGCCCAUUACUAGUAUUGUACCAAGUGGCCUCUGAAGAUGGCAUUCUACAGUGUUAUUCGUCUUACAACCAACAGACUCUGAAGUGGAAGAUCUUCAUCCACUUUGAAAUGAAUAUCUUAGGUCUGUUGAUCCCAUUCACCAUCCUUAUGUUCUGCUACAUUAGCAUCCUGCACCAGCUGAAGGGUUGCCAAAAUCACAACAAGACCAAGGCCAUCAAGUUGGUGCUCAUUGUGGUGAUUGCAUCUUUACUCUUCUGGGUCCCAUUCAAUGUGACCCUCUUCCUCACGUCUCUGCUCAACAUGAACAUCUUGGAUGGAUGUGUCCUGAGCCAGCGGCUGAUUUAUGCCACCCAUGUCACAGAAACCAUUUCCUUCACUCACUGCUGUGUGAACCCUGUGAUCUAUGCUUUCAUGGGUGAGAAGUUCAAGAAACACCUCUCAGAAAUAUUCUGGAAGAUUUCCAAUCAUAUUCUCUUCUUCAUGGGAAGACCAAUACCUAGGGAGGGCUGGGAAAGAUCCCCCUCCUCCUGUCAGAACACCUCCCGUUCCUUCACCACAGACUACAUUUUGUGA